AUGUCGACUCACGGAUGCAGACACGGGCGAGGUAGAUGUAGAAUAGGAAAUGCUAUGCCAGAAGCAACAGGGAAUAAUCCUAACCCUAUAGACUUCAUGGCUGCCUUAGGGAAUAUGGCCGCGGCUAUGCAAGUGACAGCCAAAGCCCUGAAAAACCAAAUAAAUAAUGGGAAUAAUGGCAACAAUGGCGAUGAUGGUCCUAUGACGCUUUCCUCCUUUCUGAAGGUUCAUCCUCCGACCUUCAGAGGAACCUCAAAUCCUACCGAUAUGAAUAACUGGAUUCAAGCCAUUGAGCAAGCAUUACAUGCUCAGCAGGUUUCUGAAGAACAGUGGAUUGAGUUUGGAACCUACCAGCUGCAGGGUGAGGCUCAGCAUUGGUGGCAGGGCAUGAGGUGUAUUCUGCAGCCUGAUGGGAUUUUAAUCUCUUGGGAAUUGUUCCGAAUAGAAUUUUAUAAGAAAUACUUUCCCAUCUCAGUUAGAAAUGCCAAUGAACUUGAACUGCUCCAGCUGAAACAAGGCCAGAUGACCAUUACUGAAUACACUAGCAGAUUUGAGGAACUGUCCUGUUUUUCAUGCAUUUGUCAGGGAGCUCCUGAGGAUUUUGCUGAGUGA